AUGGUGAAAUUGGACAUUCUUCAGAAAGGCGGCUCUGCAGUAGAUGCUGCCAUUGCUGCGCUGCUGUGCACCUCCAUCAUCAACCCACAGUGCAUGGGGAUUGGAGGCGGGGUCAUAUUCACUGUGAUGGACAGAUCCGGUAAAGUGAAAAUCAUCACCUCCAGAGAGACUGUCCCCAGAAAUGUGAACUCUGACCUGCUUAAGUCGUGUCCUAAAACCACAGAGUGGAGCAUGGAGUGGCCGCAAGAUAGCAGAUGGAUUGGGGUUCCUGGGGAAAUUCGAGGUUAUGAAGCAGCACACCGGCUUUAUGGGAAGUUGCCGUGGGCCGACCUCUUUCAGCCGGCCAUCAAAUUAGCCAGAGAAGGAUUCCCUAUUCCUUACUACCAAGGUCAACACAUCCCACGCAUUGGUAACACGUCACUACGGGAGUUAUAUUUGGAUAAAAAUGGGAACCUGCUUAAGACCGGUGAUAUAGUGAAAUUUGAGAAACUGGCUGACACUUUGGAGACGAUCGCAAACGAGGGACCAGACGUGUUUUACAACGGAACAAUAGCAAAGAAUUUAAUCAGUGACAUACAGAAAGCAGGAGGAAAACUCACACUGGAGGACUUGGCAUCGUAUGAAGCUAAAGUGACUGAUGCAUGGAAUAUUUCUUUGGGAGAGUACCGGAUGUACUUCCCUCCGCCCCCUUCAGGAGGAGCCAUCCUCAGCUUCAUCCUCAACAUCAUGAAAGGAUACAAAAUGAAUUCAGAACCUAAGACGACUGAUGACAAGAUUUUGUUUUAUCACCGUUAUAUUGAAGCUUUAAAAUUUGCCAAUGGAUUAAAGAAACAUAUCAGAGAUCCAAGGUUCAUCCCAGAUGAAAUGGCAAAGAAUUUGACAGAGGAUAGCUUUGCCAACCACAUACGGAGCUUGAUCAGCAGCGACAAGACUCAUGAUCCCCAGUAUUACGGCAAAAACUCUUAUAUGGACAGCAUCGGCACCACACAUUUAUCUGUGCUGGCUGAAGAUGGAUCUGCUGUGUCUGUCACCAGCACUAUCAACGAUGAAUUUGGGUCCAAUGUCCUCUCUUCAAGCACUGGAAUCAUCCUCAACAACCAGCUGAAUGACUUCUGUGGUAGAGCUGAUAACAUUUUUCAUGCUGGUCACAGCAGAUGA